AUGACCAUCAUUGGCCUCAUCAUCGGCGGACUAGUGAUCAACCUCGGCGGCGGGCCCAAUCAUGAGCGUCUUGGUUUCCGUUACUGGCAAGACCCCGGAGCCUUCAACAGCUAUAUUGUUCCUGGCUCAGCUGGAGGCUUCCUGGCUUUCUGGAAAGUGUUGCUAUCUGCUGCCUUCAGCUACGGCAACAUCCAAGUUGUGGCUAUUUCUGGCUCUGAGACUCGCCAUCCGAGGAAGAUUAUUCCUGCUGCGACUAGAAAGACCUUCUUUCGAGUCUUUGUCUUCUAUGUUCUCAGCAUUCUCAUUGUUGGGAUGAUUGUUCCAUCCAACGACCCUGCUCUGAGCGUCUCAACUGGCACAGCUCAACAAUCCCCAUUCGUCAUCGCCUUCACUCGCUCUGGCGUGUCUGUCUUGCCAUCGAUCAUCAACGCUGUCGUCUGCACAUCUGCAAUCAGCAGUGGAUCAGCCUGCGUCUUCAUUGCCUCUAGAACGCUUUAUGGCCUCAGCUGCGACGGUCAUGCCCCCAGGAUCCUCCAACGCUGCAACCGGUUUGGAACGCCGUAUGUCGCUGUGGCUUUGACAUGCGUCUUAUUUCCGCUUGUGUACCUGAAUGUUGGAAACAACACAUCCGUUGUGUUUGGUUGGUUCGUGAACAUCACAACAGUCGCUGGUCUUAUUGGCUGGAUUGUAAUCGAGGUCACCUACCUCCGAUUCUAUGCAGGACUGAAGGCACAAGGAUAUUCUCGGAAAGAUCUCCCCUAUCGAAGCCCUGGCCAGCCUUACGUGUCAUGGGUCACGCUAGUUGUUGUUGUUCUGGUUGUCUUCUUCUCCGGCUUUGACGUCUUCACCACCGGAAAUUUCACGGCCUCCGGAUUUCUGACCUGUUAUCUGAACGUCUUCAUCUUUGCUGGUAAAACGUUUCCCAUUGCCUACUGUUAUUUGUCAGCGAGCUAA